UUUGGCUCCAAUUUUAUGAUUUAUAAAAGAGUUGGGAGUCCACAAAAUAUUGGUUAUAUUGUGAGUGGGUAAUGGAUGUUGUUCAGAGGAUCAGGUAGUUAGUACUCUGCUGUUUUAAAAUCCAAUAGACUUUGGUUAACAAAUUGUUUAAAUCACAAAACCAUUUACGGUUCGACCGAAAGAACCGAAUUUUAUUCUCUCUGCCUUAUCACCUCUGAGUGGAAAAAAUUGAGUGAGCGCCAUUGUAGGAGAGCUUCGGGAAAGAAGAAGAAGAAGAAGAAGCCAUGACCAUGGCUCUUGCUUCUUCUAAAGCUUUUUCCUCAAUCUUCAAUACUUUAUCACCAAUCAAUCAGUCGAAAUUUGUGUUAGCUUGCUCUGGUUCAAAUCAUGUAGACGUCAUUGAUCGGAGAAGAAGAAUCAUGAUCUUUGGCUCGAGUUUGGCUCUCACGUCGUCUCUGCUUGGUUCCAAUCAACAGAGACUUCCGAUGGAAUCCGCAAUCGCAUUGGAGCAAUUCAAAGAAAAAGAAGAAGAGCUUGAGGAAGAAGAAGAGAGAAAUGUCAAUCUCUUCCAGAAAACUUCGCCGUCUGUUGUUUACAUUGAAGCUAUUGAGCUUCCCAAAACGUCUUCUGGUGAUAUACUCACUGAUGAGGAAAAUGGAAAGAUCGAAGGGACAGGUUCAGGCUUCGUUUGGGAUAAGCUUGGUCACAUUGUUACAAAUUAUCAUGUUAUUGCUAAGUUAGCUACUGAUCAGUUUGGAUUACAACGUUGUAAGGUGUCUCUAGUUGAUGCUAAGGGAACAAGAUUUAGCAAGGAAGGGAAAAUUGUGGGUCUUGAUCCAGAUAAUGAUCUAGCUGUGUUGAAGAUUGAAACUGAGGGACGUGAACUAAAUCCUGUUGUUCUCGGUACCUCCAAUGAUCUACGCGUAGGUCAAAGUUGCUUUGCGAUUGGGAAUCCAUAUGGAUAUGAAAACACCUUGACAAUAGGGGUAGUAAGUGGGUUGGGAAGAGAGAUACCUUCACCUAAUGGGAAGAGUAUUUCAGAAGCUAUACAAACCGAUGCUGAUAUUAACUCAGGCAAUUCUGGAGGGCCAUUGCUUGAUUCUUAUGGCCAUACCAUAGGUGUGAACACUGCCACAUUCACCCGAAAAGGGAGUGGUAUGUCUUCUGGUGUUAACUUUGCCAUUCCCAUUGACACAGUUGUCCGAACAGUUCCGUACCUCAUUGUGUAUGGAACAGCUUAUAGAGACAGAUUCUGAAGUAAACCAAACAUCUUCUUUGCAUUUUGUCUAUCACUUUGUCUAUUGUUUGUUGAUAAUACAAUUCGAAAAGUUUCAGACUUGUCUCUCUAAAUGUAAAUACAAAAAGUUCAAAAACAGUUUCCAAUGUAUACAUAUAUCUUCACAAAAACAUGUGAAUCAUUGAC